AUGUCUUCCAAGCCUAGUAGUUCUAGUAGCUCAUCUGGUAGUUCAUCGAGUAGCUCUGGUAGUUCAUCGAGUAGUUCUGGUAGUUCAUCUGCUAGUUCUUCGGGUAGUCCCGGCAGCUCAUCUGCGACCUCACAAAUGCCCAUAGCUCGUAGAAAACAGAUAGGAUCUCCUAGCGUAGGCAGAAGCGACCCGAAAACAACAAUCCCGCUGAUGACCCCAAAACAUAGUGAGGGCGAAUCGACUGAUAAACCUUGGCUAACCAUUGAGAAUUCUGUCGUGAUGGAUGCCCGCAUUGCAAGAAUGGUUCGUGCCAAAAGGGCUAAGCGAGCAGUUCCUCCAUUGGGACCAGACUCCCAGCGUACUCCAUCUGCUCCCUCAGAAAAUGCGCCGAGGUCGCACGGAGUUCGCUCUCUGAGUUCGCCGUGCCCGACUCCCGUUGAGGCCGCCAGUGAAAAUAACGAUCCCGUUCCUGAGCAUCUGUCGAUUGGUUCCGAAGAACAAAGUGAUCCUCAACCGCUCAUACGGAAGAAAUCCAAGGGGAAACAGGUCGCUUCAGAGUCGUCCAAGAGGAAGCGUAAUUCCCUGCGACCUAAUCCCCCUUCUCAAAAGAAAUCCAAGGCAAAUUCUUCAGCGGAGAGCGAGAAUCUGAAGGUAGUUGACGAAUUGACUGCCUGGUGGAGAGAGACCCAGGUGGACCUCCAAUCGCCUUCAUAUAGUCCUGCUGCCAUGGAGGGUGAGAAACUGAUACCGAACUGGGCCAUCUCGGGUCAAAGUUCUGUGCUGAAGACCCAUGUUGGCCAAGACUCCUGGGAGUUGUAUAAAUCCACCAUCCUGCCUCGCGAUCAAGCUCUCCUCGCUCCCAUGUCGCAUAUUCGGGUCGAGCAGAACUUCGCUCACUCCCUCGCACAGGUCUCAGCUUUCGGGCAUCAUUUGUCCUUGAAGUGCAAUUACUGGCGACAUGAGAAGAUGGUCGCUGACAAGCUACUCGAGGAAAAGAGCUCGAAGUUAGCGACCUGUGAGAAAGAGAAGGUCGAGCUCGAGGCUCAGAAGUCUGAGCUUGAGGCUCAGUUAAGAGAGCUCAGGCAGAAGGUCGCAUCUUCGGUGGAGUCGGCUAAGGCUGAAGGAUUUUCGGCGGGUCGGGUGGUCGGCCGAGAAGAAUACCUCUCCUCAGAAGAGUAUCAACACAAGCUCGAAGUUGCCCGGAAUCAAGGUCGCGACCAGUACUUGAGUUCUGAUAACUAUAAGAAGACCUUAGCGGACACUCGGUUACAGGGAGCUCGAGAUUUCAUGAAAUCUACCGCCUUCACAACCGCUGUAGAAGCUAAGUCUGCUGACUACCUCAUAGAAGGUUUUAAUCGCUGCAUUUCUCAAAUAAAGAAGCUGAAGGGGUUUGCCGAUGGGUUCGACACGAACUGGACCGACCCGUCCUUGGAUGGUAAUCUCGCGGCGUUCCCUGAAGAACCCCCUUUGAAACAUAAUGAUGAAUUUGCGGUCUUGGUGGAGGAACUUGAGAAUAGGGGCGAAGAUGCAGUAGAUAAGUAG